UACAGUGUUUGUUUGAUCACAAGAAAGUUUACAUUGUUUUACUAGAUAUACGUUCAUUGAUUGUUAAUCUUCUAAUAUAUAAAGUGUUAAUAUUAUUUUUCGUAUAAUUGUUACCCUAUUGAUAUUGAGUACUGAAAUGAGUCAUAUUUACAAGAAAUGGACCACUUAUAACAUGGGAGGAUAUUAAUUUAUAUUUGUAUUGCAGAUAAGAAUAUUAUUUUUUGUAGAAUAGUAGUUACUGACAUAAAGCGAAAAUGGAUAAAUUAAGAAGAGCUUUAAGUGGCAAUGAACAAUGCGACGAAGAAAGCGGUAUUAUUAGACAGACUGAUGUGGAUUUUGUGGUUAUGGACCAAAAUACAUUGAGUUGGUCGACUCGAAUAAAAGGUUUUGCUAUUUGUUUUAUUGUUGGCAUUUUAUGCUCUUUCCUUGGAUCUUUUGCUUUAUUUUUACACAAGGGACUUACACUAUUUGCUGUGUUUUAUACAUUAGGAAAUAUCAUCUCACUAGCAAGCACAUGUUUCUUAAUGGGUCCUUGUAGUCAAUUAAAGAAAAUGUUUGCUGCAACAAGAAUUGUGGCAACUAUUUUAGUAUUUGUUGCAAUUGGAAUGACACUAUUUGCAGCUUAUCUCAAAAAUCCAGGCUUGGCAUUAUUGUUUAUAAUUAUUCAAUCGGUGGCAAUGACAUGGUAUUCUUUAUCUUAUAUACCAUAUGCGCGUGAUGCUGUUAAAAAAACUGUGGAAUCAUGUAUUUCGUGAAACCAUUCACAAACAUGAUACAGUAAAAUAUUCCACUUAGUGAAUAUGUUACAAGUUAUAUGUUGUUUUACAUUGUACCAGCUAUAUGCAAAUAUGAAGAAGAAAUAACAUUUAUUUACUUCAGAAAAAUUCUACUAUGAUACAUCUGUAUCUCAUUAAAAAUACAAUGAAAACGUUUUUAAAUAUACGCUUAAAAUUGUAAUAUUUUAU